GCAAGACACAGUCAGACACUGAGAGAGAAGAAAGCGAGUAACUGUGCCGAUGGAGAGAACCGCUGUUGUCGUUGUUGCUCUGAUGAUGCUGUUGCAAAAGAGCCUGCAGGACACCGAGGUUUUAGGGAAGUCACUGGAUUCCUCUGCUGAACUGAAGCAGCUUAAAGAUCUGGUCUUUCAGCAAGGACUCGCUUUGACUGAGCUCCAAGUGAGCCUCUUGGAGAAAGACGACACAGAUUUGAGGAGAAACAUGGACAGUUUGAAGAAAGAGUAUGAAGAACAAGCAGUUGCGCUCUCAGCCGUGAAGAGGGAACUGGAACAACUGAAGGAAGCCAAUGAAAAGAAGGUGGCUUUCUCAGCUGCUAUAGGCCUGCCUGCAGGAUCGAGAGGCCCAGUUAACACUGAGCUUACUCUGAUCUACAAAAAUGUCCUAACAAACAUUGGGAAUGCCUACAACCCAUCUUCAGGGAUCUUUACAGCUCCAUUCAAAGGGGUCUACUAUAUUCGCUUCACAGCAAGCCUGUAUGACAGCGACAGCUUCAAUCUAGGACUGAAUCUGUACAAAAACGGGCAAGUUCUGAUGCAUUUGGGUGAAAUCGGCAGUGACGGCUAUGCUAAACAUGUCUCGAGUGGAGUCGCUCUGGAGCUGGUGGUGGGAGAUCAGGUGUACACGAAACUCCCAGCGAACUACGGGGUCUAUGAUGAUUCACUCUUCCGCACUAGUUUUAGUGGCUUCCUCAUCUACCACAUGUGCUAAAAUUACUAUGAGGCUUGUCUUGUCCUGAACUGUUGAUUAACUACUCAAUCAACUAUCAAUAUUAAAGACUGAGUAACCAACUGUGACAUCA